AUGGCCGGCCUCAUCUUUCUCAUCGCGACCUCUGUCGUUAUGGCGAUAGCCUCGUUCCUCGCCGGCGCACUCCCACUAUCGUUCUCCCUAUCCCACACCCAACUCCGGCUGAUUGCCUCGCUCGGCGCCGGCCUACUGGUCGGCAGCUGCUUGAUCGUCAUUCUCCCCGAAGGGAUUGAGGCGCUAGCUGCGGCGUCGCAGCACUCCCAUCUCGACGACACCUUGCCCGCCGACGACCCGGACCGAUUUCGACGACGGACCACCCACUGGCUUUCAGGUCGCGCGGACGACGGCCAGGCAGCCCUCAAUAACGAACUGCCCACCUUCAGCAUCGGCUUCACCCUCGUCGUGGGCUUCGCGCUGAUGUUCCUAGUCGACCGGCUCCCCCGCCACGCAUCCGAGCGAUUCCAGGGCGCGCCUACGAGCAGACAUGUCAGUCUAGAGAACCUGGCCGGGUCAAGCGUUUCUGGGGACGAAGAAUCUGAGGGGUUCCUGGGCUCUCUCGCCCCGUCGCCCAAGCAGAGCCGCAGUCUAGCGACUACGAUGGGUUUGGUCAUUCACGCAGCAGCAGAUGGCAUUGCGAUGGGGGCGUCGGCCACCACGGCCAACUUGAACGUGGGACUGAUCAUCUUCUUUGCGAUCCUGGUGCACAAAGCGCCGGCCGCGUUUGGGCUCACUUCCAUCUUGCUGAAGCAGGGCCUUUCUAAGCGGGCUACGCGGGUGCAUUUGAUGGUGUUCAGCCUCGCUGCUCCCGCGGGGGCUUUGGCCACUUAUUUCCUCGUUUCGCUGGUCGGGGGUGAGAGUAUGGAAGGUGAAUCCGCCCAGUGGUGGACUGGCAUGUUGCUUCUAUUUAGUGCUGGAACAUUUUUGUACGUUGCGAUGCAUGCGAUGCAGGAGGAAAACCAGUCUGCCAGCCACGACCACCAUCCGACCGCGAAUGGCUAUGCGGAACCUGGCGGGAAGCGGCAAGCGAAACUGCAGAUGCGAGACACUCUCGCAACGGUGGUUGGCUUCUUGCUGCCAUUGCUCACACGAUUCGGUCACCACCACCACUGA